CUCCCUCCUUUUGCUUGCUUUAAAGACCUUUGCUUCCCCACAACUUCCUUCCAUUCCUGCCCUUUCCUUUCUUCACCGUCCGCACAAAAACACUCAUCACAGAGAGAGACAGAGAGAGUUUUUCUAGAAUUUGGAGAGAAGAGAGAGGAAUUUGGGAAUGGCGUCGACGGGAAGGGUAGAUCUGGACGGAAGGCCAAUCAAGGCCAUGACGAUAUGCAUGAUUGGGGCUGGGGGUUUCAUAGGCUCCCACCUUUGCGAGAAAUUGAUGGCUGAGACACCUCACAAGGUGUUGGCGGUGGACGUUUACAGUGACAAGAUCAAGCACCUUCUCGAGCCACAAAGCGGAGGAGCGUCUCUUCCUUGGGGCGAUCGGAUUCAGUUCCACCGCCUCAACAUCAAGAACGAUUCACGCCUUGAAGGCCUCAUCAAGAUGUCAGAUCUGAUUAUAAAUCUUGCGGCGAUCUGCACUCCGGCUGAUUACAACACACGUCCUCUUGAUACAAUCUACAGCAAUUUCAUUGAUGCACUUCCAGUGGUCAAGUAUUGUUCGGAAAAUGGCAAGCGUCUUAUUCACUUCUCUACUUGUGAAGUCUAUGGAAAAACAAUAGGAAGCUUUCUUCCUAAAGAUAGUCCACUGCGGCAGGAUCCCAUUUACUAUGUUCUUAAAGAAGACACUUCCCCUUGCAUUUUUGGUUCAAUUGAGAAGCAGAGGUGGUCCUACGCAUGUGCUAAGCAAUUGAUUGAGAGGCUGAUAUAUGCUGAGGGUGCGGAGAACGGUCUUGAAUUUACCAUUGUGAGGCCUUUUAACUGGAUUGGUCCCAGGAUGGAUUUCAUACCUGGUAUUGACGGUCCCAGUGAGGGUGUUCCAAGAGUUCUGGCAUGCUUUAGCAAUAAUCUCCUAAGGCAUGAGCCACUCAAGCUUGUGGAUGGUGGCCAAUCACAAAGAACUUUCAUAUAUAUCAAGGACGCCAUUGAAGCUGUUCUAUUGAUGAUUGAAAAUCCAACCAGGGCUAAUGGUCAGAUAUUCAAUGUGGGAAAUCCUGACAAUGAAGUUACAGUGAGGCAGCUUGCUGAAAUGAUGACCCAGGUUUAUUCAAAGGUUAGUGGAGAGGCUCCUCUGGAAGUACCUACUAUUGAUGUGAGCUCCAAAGAAUUUUAUGGCGAAGGGUAUGACGACAGUGAUAAGAGAAUUCCAGACAUGACCAUAAUCAAUAGACAACUUGGUUGGAACCCUAAAACCUCUCUUUGGGACUUGCUUGAAUCAACUCUUACCUAUCAACACAGGACAUACGCUGAGGCUGUCAAGCAGGCCAUUUCGAAAGCAGUUGCAAGUUGAGGAAGUGGAUUCUCUCUUAUUAGGGUGCUGCUGCUUGUUAGGUGUUUCAAUACUUUUCAAGAGCCUCUUACAUAUAUCCGUAUAAUGGUUUAUUGUUGUAUACCCAAGAUUUUUUUUUUCUUCGUGCCAAGUUCCAGUCUCUCUAGAUGAUAGUUCACAGUUGCUCAGGAAUUUGUAUCUCCAAUUUCUAUCUUGAGAAGAUAGUAGCUUCUAUCAGGAAAUUAUGUCAUAUUUUGCUGUAAUGCGUUACUGGAGCUUCGGCAUUAUACAAGGAAAGCCAUUCUGUUUAGGGUUUUAUUAUCGUCCAUCUUUCCCCUUUGUUAUCCUUCGAGGAAACAUGUUGCAUUAUUUUGUUCAAUGCAUUCGGGCUUUUGUUUCCCAGUUAUUUGGUUUAUGCCUUUAUAC